AUGGCGUGGACAGGUGCAACGUGCGACAAGUGUGUGAGUGAAGGAGCAGAUGUGACCUGCUGCAAGAAAGGCGUCCUCUCAAUUCAGGAAAUGCAACUCCCUCCACGUGAUCUGGAAACAUUAUCAGAUUGUGUAAUUAGACUAAUAUCUGGUGGAUGCAAAGUUAGGAGUGGUUGUAUUUGUGGAGUGAUACUUAUCAGUGUGAAUGUGCCUAGUACCGCCAGAGGGAUUUGUAAUAUGGAAUACACUGGUCAUAGCGAGAAAUUCUACAUGGAGGAUGAAAGCGAUUGUGUUGGUGACGUAGAUGACGUGUCGGAUUAUGGAGAUGUAUUUGGUCUUACCGCAGCUGAAAUAGAGAACAAGGUUUUCAGAACGGAGGAGCGUGCUUAUGAAUUCUAUAUGAGGUUUGGAAAGUGCCAUGGGUUUGCAGUACGCAAGGGAGACUAUGGGAAGGAUGAUGACGGAAAUGUAAUUAGGAGGAGAUUCUUUUGCAACAGAGCUGGGUUAAGGGAUGAAAAGCACUAUAAUAGAUUAGAUAGAAAAAGAUGUCAUAAGCCUGAGACACGAACGAACUGCCAGGCUAAGUUGUCGAUAUAUCUUGACAAAGAUAGUUCAAACUGGAAGGUCCGGAAAGUCAUCCUCGAGCACAACCAUGAGUGCGGCAAAGGAUUAGCUAGAUGGUAUGUAAAGUUAUGGGCUACCUACGUCAAAGAUACUUGGGUACAUGGCAAGGAUUGCCGGGGGUAUUCACUAUUGGGUUUCACAAAGAAGGAUGCUUAUAACUACCUUGACCGGACUAAGCGCGCUAAGAUCGCAGAUGGGGACGCAAAUUCUGCCAUUGUCUAUUUGAAGGGAAAGGCUUCUGUGGACCCCAUGGCAAUGGCGAGGUAUAACCUGACUAAGGAGGGUAUGUUGGCCAACUUGUUUUGGGCCGAUGGAAUGAGCAGAGUUGAUUACCAACACUUUAGUGAUGUCCUCGCAUUCGAUUCGACGUACAAAAAGAACAAGUACAGGAGACCGCUUGUAAUAUUCUCGGGUGCAAACAACCACAAACAGACGACGAUCUUCGGGUUCGGGUUAGUGUUGGACGAGACGAUUUCUUCGUACAAGUGGAUGCUAGAAAAUCUCCUUGAGGUGAUGUGUAAUAAAUUGCCAUCUGUUGUAGUCACAGACGGCGAUGAUGCCAUUAUUGCCACAGUUACGGAAGUUUUUCCUAGUGCUACCCAUCGCCUAUGUGCUUGGCAUCUACAAAAGAAUGUUACAUCUAAUGGGAACGAGCAGAUGUUCAGGGACUUGGCAUCUACAAAUGACUGA